AAUUUGGUGUUGGUGCUAACUGGCGUGUGAAGUAUCCUUAGUGGUAGUUAUCUACGGAGUCAAGUGAGGAGUUAAAAUUCAGGUUGAGAGCAGAAUCAGCCGACGCCAACACCAACAGUUCUCAGAACCUAACUAACCUGGAAAAUCUACGUACAUGUACAAAGUAAAAACGUGUUGAGUUACGUUUGCAUUUUGUAAGUUUUUCCAAAAUUCAUGUACUGCAACUUAAUGUCAUUUAUUUUAACCUACCUUUUUAUGUUACCAAUGAUUGGGGUACACCACUGGAGGUACACCCUUUGCCGCCGUUUUCAAAAGUUAACAAUGAAAGCGCCGAGAAAAAAAAGCUAAAGUCAGACUCACAAUUAUCCUGUUCUUGUUUACACAGUAUGCGAGUCGUGGCAUUGAUUAGUGGUGGGAAGGAUAGUUGCUUCAAUAUGCUACAAUGUGUGAAACAUGGUCACGAAAUUGUUGCCCUUGCUAACCUAAGACCUCCACCAAGUAAAGAUGAGCUAGACAGUUAUAUGUAUCAAACUGUGGGCCACAAUGCUAUUGAGCUAUAUUCUGAAGCCAUGGGUGUACCAUUGUUUCGACGGACAAUCAAAGGACUACCUCUUGAACAGGACAUGAAUUAUAUUAUCAACAAAAAUGAUGAAGUUGAGGAUCUUUACGAACUUCUGAAGGAUGUUAUGGCUGAAAUCCAUAUUGAAGGUGUUUCAUCUGGUGCAAUCUUUUCUGAUUACCAAAAAGUUCGUGUUGAGAAUGUAUGCUCAAGGUUGGGUCUUACAUCGUUUGCAUAUCUUUGGCAUAGAAACCAAGAAGAUCUUCUAAAGGACAUGAUUGAUUCAGACAUCAAUUCCAUUAUUAUAAAGGUUGCAGCCAUGGGAUUGGAUCCUAAAAAACAUCUUGGAAAAAGUAUUGCUGAAAUGUACUCAUAUCUUUUAGAGAUAAAUAAAAAGUAUGGCUGUAAUAUUUGUGGUGAAGGUGGUGAAUAUGAAACAUUCACUCUCAAUUGUCCAAUGUUCAAGAAAAGAAUUGUUAUUGAUAGUCAACAGAUAGUUAUUCAUUCUGAUGAUGCCUUUGCCCCUGUUGGUUAUCUAUGUUUUAAUGAAAUGCACCUGGAAGAAAAGAUCAAAUAAGUGGAAUAUAACCUGGUUAUGUGCAUACAGUGGAGGAUGACAUGGUUAUGUGAAUACAAUGGAGGAUAGAAUGGUGAGGGCUUCAUUUUGAUGCGUAAAAGGAAGUUAACUAGCUGAACAAGGUAUGCCGUUUUCAAGCUCACAUUUUUCAAUUGCAUGACAAGAGAUGGUUUUUAAAAUGGACAACUUUAGCUCAAUGUGACUAGCAAUAACUUAAUAAUAUGAAACUUAACAAAACAAUGCAAGGGUGUAAAAUUCAAGAGCCAAUUGUUAAUGGAAGAAUAACUAAAGAACUGAUGAUAUUUUCAAAACAAAUAAAAUGAUUUGUUGCAAUAAAUAUUUAUUGGCAACCUAAACAACUAAA